AUGGCUCGAAUAUAUUCUUGCGAGACGGUCCUCGCAGCACUUUUGUUUUUAUUAACUAUUGUAUCCAAUUCUGCGGAUCCGCAAUAUGGUAAUGACAGACUUACUGUUAGAGGAUCAGUCCAGAGAGGAGAUAUGUCACCCAUGGAGGUGACGGCUGAGCGCCAUAAUUGGCCAACGCUGACCGUUCCUAGCCCAAGAGGUCCACACAUGAAGAGGAAGCACCCAUGCGAACAGAGCUCUUGUUAUCCCGCCACCGGGAAUCUGUUGAUCGGUCGAAAAAGCCGAUUGGAGGCGUCCUCCACUUGCGGUCUCAACGGACCGGAAAGAUACUGCAUCGUUUCGCAUCUGAAGGACCGGAAGAAGUGCUUCUUCUGCGAUGCCUCGUUGCCGAAACAGCAGCACAACAUCGAGAACAUCGUUAAUUCGUAUUCAAAGUCCUGGUGGCAAGCGGAGAACGGCGUGGAGAACGUGACGAUCCGUUUCGAUCUCGAGGCGGAGUUCCAUUUCACCCACAUUAUAAUCCGUUUCAAAACCUUCCGACCGGCCGCGAUGCUGAUCGAACGAUCGUACGAUUUCGGCAAGACAUGGAAGGUGUACCGUUACUUCGCGCACAAUUGCGAACAAUACUUCCCCGGGGUGUCCACCGAACAGCCCCAGACAUUGACAGACGUUAUCUGCGAGACGAGAUACUCCGGCGUGGCGCCGUCGACGUUGGGCGAUGUUAUCUUCAGAGUGCUCCCACGAAACGUCGAGAUCGACAAUCCCUAUUCGAAGGAGGUCCAGAAUCUCCUGAAGAUCACGAACCUACGUAUCAACAUGACCAGGCUGCACACUUUGGGUGACGAUCUGCUCGACGACAGGGCGGAGAUCCGCGAGAAAUACUACUACGCCAUUCAGAACAUGGUGAUCCGUGGAUCCUGUUCCUGUUACGGCCACGCAUCCAGAUGUCUUCCACUUGCUGGUGUCGCGCACGAGGACAACAUGGUGCACGGCAGGUGCGAGUGCACCCACAACACCACAGGCCUGAACUGCGAGAAGUGUCAGGACUUCUACAACGAUCUACCUUGGAAACCAGCUGUUGGCAAACAGACGAACGCCUGCAGACCCUGCAACUGUAACAACCACACGAUAUCCUGUCAUUUCGACGAGUCCGUAUACGAGAGGACUGGACGAGUUUCUGGUGGUGUCUGCGACGACUGUCAGCAUAAUACCCGUGGGCAAAAUUGUGAACAGUGCAAACCGUUCUAUUAUCAUGACAUCACUAAGGAUAUCUCGCAUCCAGAAGCCUGUCUACCGUGCGAUUGUGAUCUGGGUGGCUCAUUGGACGAUGGUAUCUGCGAUUCUAGAACGGAUGUUCUCAGCGGAGACGAGUCUGGUCGCUGUCAUUGUAAAACGAACGUGGAAGGACGUCGUUGUGAUCGUUGCAAAAAUGGCUUUUGGAACUUUGAGCCUGAAAAUCCUGAAGGAUGUCAAGCCUGUACCUGUAAUACUUUGGGCACCAUCGACAACCGUGGAUGCAACAUGGCCACCGGCGAGUGUACUUGCAAGCGUUUCGUAACUGCUCGGGACUGUAACCAAUGCCUGCCAGAAUAUUGGGGAUUGUCGGAAGAUCCAGACGGUUGCAAACCGUGCGACUGCGAUCUUGGUGGCUCAUACGAGAAUUCGUGCGACGUUGUGACUGGUCAAUGCCGUUGCAGGCCUCACAUUAGCGGCAGAACGUGUAAUCAACCGGAACAGAGCUAUUACACUGGCUCUGUGGACUUCUUGAUCUACGAGGGCGAGUUGUCGAGAGCCACCGACAAUUGUCAAGUGGUAAUCAGAGAACCGUAUCGCGACGGAAAGAACAGCACCUGGACGGGAAUUGGAUUCAUGAAGGCACUGGAGGGUUCGAUGCUGAACUUCACGAUCGACGAUGUACGGAAAACGCUGUGGUACGAGGUGAUCGUCCGUUACGAGCCCGUUCAACCAGGAGUUUGGGAGGACGUAAAAAUCAUCAUCGAAAGGGACGGUCCAGUGGAUCCCAACGGGCCAUGCGCCGAAUGGAAUCCAGAAUACGAUCAGCUGUCGGCGCAAUUGCCAGUUCGUUCUCGAAGUGUUGUCGCUCAACCUGCUGUUUGCCUCGAGGCGGGAAAACGCUAUAAUCUUCUGUUGCAAUUCCGGAAGUUCAACAGUCACGUGGACACACCUUCGGCGUCCAUUUUGGUUGAUUCGAUUGUAUUGAGGCCAAGAAUACAGUCGAUACCAUUCUUCAAAGCGCCAGGUGUUGGCGAGCUUCGCCGCCAGGAAUAUGAAAAAUACCGUUGCAGCGAUUACUUUAACGACAUUUCUACUGCAUGGACUAAUGUUCCUGAUGUUUGUAAAAAGUACCAGAAUAGUAUCGGUUACUAUGUUUACGACGGUGCACACUCCUGUGAAUGCAAUCCAACGGGAUCCCAUAGUCUGCUUUGCGAAAACUACGGGGGCACGUGUCCCUGUAAGCCGAACGUGGUCGGCAGACGAUGCGACCGUUGCGCGCCUGGAACCUACGGUUUCGGUCCAGAAGGUUGCAUACCCUGCGACUGUGACGGUGUCGGUGCAUUGGACAAUUUCUGCGAGGUCGGAACCGGUCGUUGUAAAUGCCGUCCGAAUACCUACGGACGAACCUGCGGUCAAUGCGAGCCUGGUUUCUGGAAUUUCCCGCAUUGUCAACGUUGUGAGUGCAACGGUCACGCUGAAAGCUGCGACUCGAAAACUGGCGCGUGUAUCGAGUGCCGGGACUACACCACCGGGCACAAUUGCGAUCGAUGCAUCGAGACGUAUUACGGUGAUCCCAGGAUCGGCGUGGAUAUCCCUUGCAGGGCGUGUCCUUGUCCAGGAACCUUGGAUUCUGGCCACUCGUACGCCGAGAGCUGUUCCCUGGACCCAACCAGCCACGAUGUAAUCUGCGAGUGUUUCGACGGCUACACUGGUCCACGUUGCGAGAGCUGCGCAGAGAACUACUUCGGCAACCCAGAGGUGCCAGGUGGCAGUUGCGAGCCCUGCAACUGCAACAACAACACAGACCUACGUCGACCUGGAAACUGCGAUCCCCACACGGGUCGUUGUCUGCAGUGUCUCUACAGCACAGAUGGUGGCAAUUGUCAGAUCUGCAAGGCAGGCUUCUACGGGGAUGCGCUUCAACAGAAUUGUCAGAUGUGCGACUGCAACCCGUUGGGAACGGACAGCGAGGCUGGUCCCUGUAACCAUCGAACUGGACAAUGUCCCUGCUUGCCUCACGUGGUCGGACAACUCUGCGAUUCCUGCGAAGAGAAUCAUUGGAAAAUCGCCAGUGGCCAAGGCUGCGAGCCUUGCUUGUGCGACUCGGUUGGAAGCGUUUCUGACAGGUGCAAUCCAUUCGACGGUACUUGCGAGUGUCGAUCAGGCUUCGGCGGUCGACAGUGCAACGAGUGCCAAACGAACUAUUGGGGUAAUCCGACCGUUCAGUGUCACGCUUGCGACUGCGAUCUGGCCGGUUCCUCCAGCCAACAGUGCGACAGGGAGACCGGUAUGUGCGUCUGUAGAAAGGGUAUUGGUGGCGAGAAAUGCGACCAGUGUUACCGUGGCUACUACGGGAACGCGCCACAAUGUACACCCUGCGGCGAGUGUUUCGAUAACUGGGACAUGACGCUGACCGGUUUGAGGAACAAGACGAACCUGGUCAUCGACGAAGCGUCUAGGAUCCAAAAAGUCGGUACAACUGGGGUUUACAGCGAACAGUUCGACAACAUGAUCACCUCUUUGGACCAAGUGAAGGCGUUGAUCAGCAACGCAUCCAUCAGAAGUCAAGACUUGGACGAUUUGAACGAACUGGCCGAGGAGCUGAACAAGAACGUGACUGAGUCUGGCAAGCAGCUGCAAGAGGCGAACAAUCUUCUGGAGAACGUCAGUCAAAGGGUCAAUUUAGGGGACGCUGCGUUGAAGAAUCUGAAGAACAGAACGAACAAUUUGCACCAAGCUGCUGCUGAUCUCAAGGAGAACGCGACUAGAUUGCAGGAAGAGAACGUUCAGGGCGCUUUGAAUGUGACCCAACAGAUGGCGGAGCAGUCGAGGCGGGCAGAGAAAAUGGCGAACGACACCAGCAACGUUCUGGCGGACGCCGAACGGUUCAGUAAGCACACGGAGACUCUUCUAGCCAAAAAUCGGGUGUUCGUCGAAGAGACUCAGGAGGCGAAUAAAGAAUCUCUGGCGAAAAUAAACGAGAAACUGAGAAUGUUCAACGAUAUUAUGCCUGGUUUGAACCUCCAAAUGUGCGGCGAUAAUGUUACGGAUUGCAGCAGCGUGUGUGGUGGAGCUGGUUGCGGAUUCUGCGGAGGAUUGUCUUGCGACGCGGGUGCUGUGACCAAGGCGAACCAAGCUUUGGACGUCGCUAAGACACAGGCUGCUAAAAUUAAGACCCAUAAGGAUGCGGCUGAACAGUUACUUCAUAGUAUGAUCCAGGUGAAACGGGAUGCAGCAACGGCCAGAUCCAACGCCCAGGACGCGUUCAACUUCGCCUUGAGGGCGCGAAACCUCUCCGACAACGUGACCAAAGACCUAGCCGACAUAAACAAACGGAUCAAAAGCACCCUGGACGAGGAUCAACCGACGCCAACGAUGGUCAGAGACCUGGCGAACAAAGUUCUAGCCAAGAACAUCCAACUGAAACCAGACGAGAUUACGACACUGGCCGAUCGCAUAAAGACCAUCGUUGGUUCUCUGACCGAUUCCGAGAAGAUUCUCGCCGACACCAGGAAUGAUCUUCUCCUGGCGGAUCAGCUGAAGAAACGGGCAAACAGGGCCAAGGAGAACGCUAUCGAGAACCAGGUUCAAGCUAACAAGGUGGUGGUGCUGUUGAACGACGCUGAGAAGGCUCAGAAUCUGGUCCAACAGGCCAUCGAUCAGGCGGAACGUGACGUCUACCGAUCGAGGAAGGACCUGGAGGAGAUCGCAGAGGUCACCAGGGGCGCUCUGAUGCAGGCGAACAGUACCACACAGACUGUGGAUGACCUGGACGCUCGAUUGAAGCAGCUACAGACCCAAUCAGUGAGGAACGACUUUGCCCAAAUCGGUGUCCAGGCGCAGAAAGUUGCUGACGAGGCGCAAAACGUCGACGCAAAAACCAAGAAGCUCGCUGAGGAGUACAGACGGGUGGACGAGUCGUUGGAACUGCGCGUGAACAAGAGCAAGGACAAUAUACAGAGGGCGAAGAAGCUGCUGCAGAGAGCCUCAGAGUUAACCGCCGACACCUCCACGAAAUUCAAAGACCUAGACGGCAUGGAGAGCGUUUACAGGGACAAUGAGAGGACGCUGUCCGACCUGAUGACCGAAGUAGACACUCUGACCGGGGAAAUGGAGAAGCAUCUCGUGGAGAUCGAGCAGAAGGCACAACUGUACAGACAGUGCACCUCUUGA